UGAUUUUAUUUCUUUAUUCUUUUAGCAUAUGCAGAUGACUAUCCAGGCUCUUCAAGAUGAACUUCGGAUCCAGCGGGACCUGAACCAACUGUUCCAGCAGGACAGCAGCUCUAGAACCAGUGAGCCCUUUGUGGCAGAGCUGACAGAGGAAAACUUUCAGCGGCUUCACACAGAGCAUGAGCGCCAGGCGAAGGAACUCUUCCUCCUACGUAAAACCUUAGAAGAGAUGGAACUGCGCAUUGAGACACAGAAACAGACCUUAAAUGCACGCGAUGAGUCCAUCAAAAAGCUGCUGGAGAUGCUGCAGAGUAAAGGUCUGUCAGCAAAAGCCACUGAGGAAGAUCAUGAACGAACAAGACGGUUGGCUGAGGCAGAGAUGCAUGUACACCACUUGGAGAGCCUUCUCGAACAGAAGGAAAAAGAAAACAACAUGCUGAGAGAGGAGAUACAUCGACGGUUUGAAAAUGCUCCUGACUCAGCCAAGACAAAGGCUCUGCAAACUGUUAUUGAGAUGAAGGAUUCAAAAAUUUCUUCCAUGGAGCGUGGCCUCCGGGAUUUGGAAGAGGAGAUUCAGAUGUUGAAGUCAAAUGGAGCUCUGAGCACAGAGGAGCGUGAAGAAGAAAUGAAGCAAAUGGAGGUGUACCGUAGUCAUUCCAAAUUCAUGAAAAAUAAGGUAGAGCAACUGAAGGAAGAGCUAAGUGCCAAAGAGGUUCAAGGGGAGGACCUGAAAAAAAGAGUGGCUGGUCUCCAGGCCGAGAUUGGUCAGGUGAAACAGGAGCUAUCACGCAAAGACACAGAGUUGCUAGCUUUGCAGACAAAGCUGGAGACCCUCACAAAUCAGUUCUCUGACAGCAAGCAGCAUAUUGAAGUUCUGAAAGAGUCUCUUACAGCUAAAGAGCAAAGAGCUGCCAUUCUGCAGACAGAGGUGGAUGCAUUACGCUUACGUCUGGAGGAGAAAGAGACCAUGCUAAAUAAGAAGACAAAGCAGAUUCAGGAGAUUGCAGAGGAGAAAGGCACUCAAGCAGGAGAGAUCCAUGAUCUCAAGGAUAUGUUAGAGGUGAAGGAACGCAAAGUUAACGUUCUUCAGAAGAAGAUUGAAAAUCUUCAAGAGCAGCUAAGAGACAAGGAGAAGCAAAUGAGCAGUUUAAAGGAUCGAGUGAAAUCCUUGCAGGCUGACACCACCAAUACUGACACUGCCUUGACCACGCUGGAAGAAGCACUUGCAGAAAAAGAAAGGACCAUUGAGCGCCUAAAGGAGCAACGGGACAGAGAUGAACGAGAAAAACAGGAAGAGAUUGACACCUACAAAAAAGACAUUAAGGACCUGAAAGAGAAAGUCAGCAUUUUACAAGGAGAUCUCACAGAGAAAGAGUCAUCCUUACUGGAUCUGAAGGAGCAUGCUUCAUCCUUAGCUUCAUCAGGACUGAAGAAAGAUUCAAGGCUUAAGACACUGGAAAUUGCAUUGGAACAGAAAAAGGAAGAAUGUUUGAAAAUGGAAACUCAAUUGAAGAAGGUAAUCUUACUUCAUAUUUACAUAUGCAAGGUAAACAUCCAGUGCUACAUAGAUUGGAUACAUUUACACUGAAAAAAUUGGGUUUGU